UCUGGUACAGCCUUCAUAAAACUUGAAAAUCGCUGAUUUUGAUAUCCAUUUAGAGAUGACAGCAUUUUUAUAAUACCCCCUAUAUAAAAGUCCCUUCUUUUCCAAACCGAUCAGUUAGCCACCAACAACGAGAGACAAAAGACUUGAGCAACUCAAAAAAUGGUCCCGCUUUUCGCACUAUUGUUAUCGCUUUUUGCUUUAGUCCACUCUGCAGUGGUGCCAAUAGACUCUUCGUCGGUAAAUGUGAAACAUUCCGGUCAAGAUUACUCUUAUUCCAUCAACGAGAAUCGAGGGAUUGCAAUCGACCCGCUGCCACAUUAUGAAAUUCCUGUGAUUAAAACCGCGCCAGGGAAUAAUAAUUUGGUCAAACAGGAGCACAUUCCUGUUAAAGAUCACGAAAUAAAGCCUUUGCAACCACAGGUUGCAGGGAUGGGUUAUUCAACGCCUGUGGCAGUUCUUCCAGCGUAUUCCUACCUUCCUGCCCAUCAGUAUGCCAUUCCGUACCCAUACGGGAUUAAUUAUCCCUACAAUUUGAUUGCGACUAUUUAAGGAGUAGAUUGGUUAGAAGAAAAAUGGAUUUUGGGAAUUGGGGUUUAGAAUUAGCGCCGAUGGAUGUGGUACAAUAAUUGGUGAUAAAUAAAAAGUGUUUGAAGAU